ACUGAUGGCGGCGGAGUCGCUGGAGAUGCAAACUCAGCGCCGCUCGUAGGGCGAGAGAGAGAGGGGGGACCCAGGGCCUUACCAGGGCACUGCCAUCGCCACCCUCACCUUCCUCACGACCCUCACCUUCCUCACGACCCUCACCUUCCUCACCACCACCAUCACCACCCUUACCACCACCAUCACCACCCUUACCACCACCAUCACCACCCUUACCACCACCAUCACCACCCUUACCACCACCAUCACCACCCUUACCACCACCAUCAACCACCAUACGCCGCCGGCAACAGCGACGUGUCUGCCUGGGCCUUCUUCACCGGGAUCCGGAUCUUCCCGGCACCUUUCUGGGCCUUCGCCCCUGCGAUGGUGCACACCUUCCCGGGCCUUCAUCACCGUCAGUGUCGUCUCCGGGCCCUCGCGGCUGUAAGCAGCGUCACCCCGGGCCCGGGUGAUGCUUCGCCGUUACUAUGGCCGAAGCCAGGAGGUUCACGAAGUCUCUGAGCAAGCCGGGGACGGCGGCCGAGAUGAGGCAAAGCGCCUCGGAGGCAGUCAGAAGGUCCACGUACAGCCAGGUUGGAAAACAUCGCCUUCACGGUGACCUACAUGCCACAAAUACCUGCGCACGUGAGCCUGCGCACGUGAGCCUGCGAACCUGCACACAUACGCCAAGACACACACACAGAUACACACGCCCUCACAGAAAUGCUCAGCAAACCUGCAGACCUGUUGUUGCACUACAAAGACGAAAAUCCACCUUUGUGUUCAAGACAGAGGAGUCUGCGGAGGCCUGCGAGGGCCUCACCCUGCACGAGGAACUCGCCAAGUCGCUCGGCUUCCUCCUCAAGCCCAGCACCGACUUCCUCACCUGCAACAAACUCCUCAAGUUCUCAUGGUUCUUCUUUGAGAUCCUCAUCAAGUCCAUGGCUCAAAACCUCGUGGACUCCGGGAGGAUCAAGCUGAACCGGACGCAGCGGUUGCCGGCGUCGUUCCACACGGCGGUGGAGGAGCUGGUGGUGGCGGCGACGGAAAACAUCGUCAUCAAGCACCGCGAGUUCGCGAGCGAGACGCGGCGCGCCAACCACAGCCUCGCCGCCUUCAUCAAGAGGUGCUUCACGUUCAUGGACCGCGGCUUCCUCUUCAAACUCAUCAACUCGUACGUGCACAGCUUCGGCCCUGGCGAUCCCAAGACCCUGUUUGAAUUCAAGUUGGCAUUCCUGAAGGAGAUUUGCAGCCACGAGCAUUACAUCCCCCUGAACCUCGCCAUGUCCUUCAGUAGGGGUCGCAUCCAGCGGUACCAAGAUUUGCUCUUUCCGACGGAGCCGACGCGAGAGAGCCUGCCAGAUCUGCAGCUGGAUUACAGUUUGACCGAAGAUUUCUGCAAAAAUCACUUCCUGGUUGGACUUUUACUUCGGGAGGUGAGCUCCGCGCUGCAGCAGGAGAGCGGCGACGUGCGUCCGGCCGCCAUCGCCGCACUCAAGCAGCUGAUGGCGAAACACGCGCACGACGACCGCUACGCACACAAGAACCAGCAGGCGCGGAUCGCGUCGCUCUACCUGCCCCUGCUGGGGAUCGCGCUGGAGAACGUCUCCCGCCUCAACGUCGCCCGCGACCACGCCCUGCUGCCCACUGCCAGCGCCAACACCUGCAGGGUGACGCGCGACGAAUCCACCGCAUGCGUGCAGAACCCCGUGCCGGGCGGCGCGACCUCUAACGCCGCGGGGUCGUGCACUCCGCACCGGGCUCAGGCCGCCGCCACGGCAACAGCGGCCGGGGACCUCUUCUCGGCCAUCUCCGGCACAGGCACCCCAGGGCAGCUGGUGGUGAGACACGCGGAUUCCCGCGCGUCGCUCGUGAGCAUCGAGUCCGCCACGGGGCUGCCGAGCGCGCACGACAAGGCCAACUCGCUCGAGAAGCAGGGUGCGGGGUCGGCAUUGCGGCUGCGCCCCCUGGAGCACGGCGAGAGCCGCAGCCUCCUGCUGUGCGUCCUCCACGUCCUGAAGAGCGUCUCGGAGGACGCGCUGCUCGCGUACUGGAACAAAGCCUCUGACGCAGAACUCCUCGACUUCUUCACCCUCCUCGAGGUCUGUCUCCAUCAGUUCAAGUACAUGGGGAAGCGCUACCUGGCCAGGGCGGUGGAGGCCGCUAGCCCGGUGGUGCGCUCUGCACCACCGCCGCCUCCAGACAGGAAGUCUCAGACGCUCCCCGCGCCGCGUAACCUCCUCCCCAGCAGGGCCGCCUCUCUGCAUGCGCGCUUCUCUCACCUGCCCAGCGCCGAACCCGGCGCCAGCGGUGGCAGCCUGCACCACAGCUACGGCCACUCGGAGGUGGAGGCGGUGCUGGAGGCGGCGCUGGCGACGGAGGCCGGGCUCGUGGUGCUCGACGCCCUCGCCUGCUUCGCCCACAGCUUCAAGGAGCAGCUGCUGGCAGAGGAGAGCCACGGGCGGCUGAUGCGCCGCGUCUUCGACGUGCUGCUCACCUUCCUCGCCGUGCCGCAGUCCGAAGCCACGCUGCGCCACGUCUUCGCCGUGCUGCGCGGCUUCAUCAACAAGUUCCCGGCGGCGCUGUUCACGGGCCGUGCCGACAUGUGCGCCUCGCUCUGCUAUGAGCUGCUCAAGUGCUGCAGCGCCAAGCUGGGCUCCACACGCAGCGAGGCCUGCGCUCUGCUCUACCUGCUCAUGCGCAACAACUUCGAGUACACGGGCAGAAAGUCCUUCGUGCGGUCCCACCUGCAGAUCAUCAUCGCCGUGAGUCAGCUGAUCGCUGAUGUUGUUGGCAUCGGAGGCUCCAGGUUCCAGCACUCGCUGUCCAUCGUCAACAACUAUGCCAACAGCGACAAGGCCAUGAAGGCCACGGCGUUCCCCGCGGAGGUGAAGGACCUGACCAAGAGGAUCCGCACGGUGCUGAUGGCGACGGCGCAGAUGAAGGAGCACGCUGGCGACCCCGAGCUGCUGGCCGACCUGCAGUACAGCCUGGCGCGCUCCUACGCCAGCACGCCGGAGCUGCGCAAGGCCUGGCUAGAGAGCAUGGCGCGCACGCACCUGCAGCACGGAGACCUCUCCGAAGCCGCCAUGUGCUACGUCCACGUCGCCGCUCUCGUCGCCGAGUACCUCAAACGCAAAGGUUCGUACACCAGGGGCUGCGCCGCGUUCCGCGUCCUCUCCCCCAACGUGGACGAGGAAGCGGCCAUGAAAGAGGACGCCGGCAUGGAGGACGUUCACUUCAACGAGGACGUGCUGGUGGAGCUGCUGGAGCGCGUGGCCGACGCGCUCUGGAAGGCCGAGCGCUACGAGCUGCUGGCCGACGUCUACCGCCUCGUCGUGCCCGUCUUCGAGAAGCGCCGCGACUUCCAGCGUCUGUCCCAGGUGUACAACACGCUGCACCUCGCCUACAAGAAGGUGGUCGAGGUGACGCACAGCGGGCGGCGCCUGCUCGGCACCUUCUUCAGGGUGGCCUUCUUCGGCCAGGGCUUCUUCGAGGAGGAGGACGGCAAGGAGUACGUGUACAAGGAGCCCAAGCUGACGGGCCUGGCCGAGCUGUCGCAGCGCCUGCUGCAGCUCUACGCCCACAAGUUCGGCGCCUCCAACGUCCGCAUGCUCCAGGACUCGGGCAAGGUGAACGCCAAGGACCUGGACCCGCGGUGCGCGUACAUCCAGGUGACGUACGUGACGCCGUACUUCGAGGAGAAGGAGCAGCAGGAGCGUCGCUCGGAGUUUGAGCGCUGCCACGGCGUGCGGCGCUUCGCCUUCGAGACGCCGUACACGCUGGGGGGCGGCGGCGCCCGCCAGGGCAGCGUCCACGAGCAGUGCAAGCGCCGCACCGUCCUCACCACCACGCACGCGUUCCCGUACGUGAAGAAGCGCGUGCCCGUGAUGUACGAGCAGCACGUGGAGCUGGGCCCCGUGGAGGUGGCGGUGGACGAGAUGAGCGCGCGGGCCGCCGAGCUGCGGGCGCUGAGCGUGGCGCGCGACGUCGACAUGAUCAAGCUGCAGCUCAAGCUGCAGGGCUGCGUCUCCCCGCAGGUGAACGCAGGCCCCUUGGCCUACGCCAGGGCUUUCCUAGAUGAGAGCAACGCCAAGAAGUUUCCGGACAACAAAGUAAAGCAGCUGAAGGAGGUGUUCCGGCUGUUUGUGGAAGGCAACUGCCUUCAACUGUCCAGUAGCGCCCUUCAUGAGCCUCCUCCAUAG